GCUUUGAUCUCCUAUAGGCGACAGCGGCUAGGUGGACUUGUGCGUCCAAGACAGAAUGGCGGCGCCCAUGCAAGACUGCAUCUUGCUGAUGGGCGAUUCGCUCACUCAACGGACAGAUUCCCCGGGGAAUCUGCAACAGAGGAUGAACGAGGCAUACCAGCGAAAGCUUGAUAUCCUAAAUAGAGGCUAUGGCGGCUUCAACUCUGAGUGGUUCGUCCCGUUGCUGCCCAAAAUACUGGCAAGGAAGGAGGAUGCCGACAAGGUCCCGGUCAUACGGCUCGUUACAAUAUGGUUGGGAACCAACGACUCGGUGAUUGGACGCGAUCAAAGUCAAUCUACAAGCAGACUCGUUUCAAACCUCGAGAUCAUCCUCGAUGCUCUCACAUCUCCAGAGUCCCCUUAUGCGGUCGCGUCGACUCCUGUGUCGAUCAUCUUGAUGACUCCUGGACCAUGUGUUGUCUCUGAUAUGCCGAAAGAGAACCAAAAAUACAGAACUGCUGAGAAGCACAGGGAGUACAGGGAUGCCGUGAUCGAGGUCGGUGAGAAGUACAAGGCACUUGAGGAAGAGAACAAUGCUCGAUUAGGCGACCGAUACGGCUGGAAGAUCGCCACAGCAGAUGUUUGGCAGGAGCUCAUGUCUGCAGCAGCAGGAGAUAACGAGCAAGAAUUGAGUUCACUAUUCAUCGACGGCGUACAUUUAUCUACCAAGGGAUACACCGUCGUCUGGGACCUUCUCGCCAGAAUCAUCAAGACUGAAUUCAAGGGUCGAGGGCUGGAUUGGGAAGACUUUGACGAUCUGCCACGAAGGGUACCGCCAUUCACGGACAUCGACUUCUCAAAUCCGCCAAGCGUGGUGGAUCUAAUGGCAUUGCCGAAGAUAAGGCAGUAGCGUUCGAAAAACAAGAGCUGGGGCAUGAUAUCGCAGAUGGUUAGCCCCAGUGCAUCAUUCGCACUGCCCAUGUCGAUGUGGCAGACCUUACCGGUCAAGCUCCUUCGUGGACUCGAUGACGACAGACUCCACAUAGGCCAGAUGUCAGGAGUGAGGCACUGCCAGAAUUGUACAGCGAUCUCAGCCCUAUCCUGUGA